UGGCUAAGGAAUCCGCACUCCUUGUUCUCAAGGCCUUAGUUGGCAGCUGACUGAAAGGAAACUACAAAAACCAGCAGACACUGCGGCCCCCUGGGAAUUCAGUUUGGCACCCCUGGCAAAGAGGAAUCACCCGGAAGCCUGGACGCUGCCUCUCUGUAUAGAGCAUCUGUAACUCCUGCACGCAGCCAACAGGCUCUAGGACCCAGCGAGCCGCCCCCGAUGGGAAAGCACAUGAGUAGAGCGCUAAAGAAGAGAAGGGGAAAAGGAGAUCGAGGGAGGGAGAAAGAGGGAGAGGGGCAGAGAUUGAUCGGACUGCUGCUCCGUAGUUCUGAAGUCAUUAGAAAGCCCAGCCUCGUAGAAGACGGGUAAAAUAGCAGGAGGGAGUAACAGUGCAUUUUAAGAGCCCUACCUGGACUGCAGAACAGGCUUUCUUAUCAGGGAAAAAAGAGAGAAACAGACAAAGGUAACAGGAAAAAAUGAAGAGAAGAAGGGAGAAGUAAAGAAACUCUCACUGGAACACGCAAGCAAAGGGUCACAGACACAUAGCUUUGUGACUGAUAACAGCUUGGAUACACCACACACACACACACACACACACACACACAUACACACACAUAUAGUGACCAUUCCAGAGGUCACCGACAAAAAACACACUUAUACAUUAUACAGUCUCAUCCUCUUUCAGAAAGGUGCAUCCGCACAUGUGCACACCUAGCCGAAGACAGGGAGAGCUCACGCUGCCUGACUGACUGACUGACCACGCCUUGCACGGACCCUAAUUCUGGAGUCUUUGGGGAGGGGGGCGAGGGUCAAACUGGGACACAGAUUUCACUCCCCACUCCGGGAAAACAGCCUGCGAUCAAGCUGCACCUGCCCCACGCUGGACGACCAGAGGGCCUGGAGUUAAAAGGGACAUCGAGCGAAAGGGAGUCUUCUGACCGGGGUGCUUCACCAACAGAAGACAAGGACGCCUACUAAAACAGCUCACCUAUCGACCUCCUCAAUUACCCAGAAUCCCCUGCUCUGUCCAAGAGGAGGGCCUCUGCCACUGGAAACAAAUGGCACCACUUUAAAUCAAUAUGGCGGACCUGUGAUUUCAUCACUGCCGCUCCAUCUUGUCUGGUGUCGAUCUGCUGGGCGGAAGAGAGGCCAGAACACUGUCCGUUGUGUGUCAAAGGACUACAGGAACAUGGCUGGAACAGGACAAGGGGAAGGACACGGGCAAGGUCCCAUCUGAGCGUCCUUCUUAAAAAUAACUACCUGCGAAAGAGACAUUUUGAAAUUCGUGAUGCGUCAAUCAAAAAGGUAUCACGCCGGAAAUUUUUUCCCUCCAUUUCUCCUGCAGCAGGCUGGUUUGAUUUGCUGUCAUUUAACUUUAGCGUGUGGCUUCUGAUGAUUUCAUCACAGGUUUCUCAUUACCCUCAAAAAAAGCUGGGUUUUUUUUUUGCACAUUUGCAGACUUAUUUGACUAUAACCGCAUCUUUCAACCUGGGGUUUCCUUUUGAGCCCUUUAAUAGACAGCGUGAUUUAAGUGCGGGUUGACAUUUUGCAUAAUCCAUUUCGUUUCGAUGAGGCAUAAUAAGGCGGAAACCAAAUUCUUUAGUCAUUAAGCCUUGGAGGAGUUAAACCACAUGUGACUGAAAAAAAGGAAUAUAGUUGCUUUUGCAAGAGUGGCAAGCGAGGCUUAAGCACGUAAGUGUGCGAGAGCUCCGUAGCUCGAUUUGAGACGAGCAGAGGAGAGGAUCUAGACUGCUGCAGUAUCGUUCCACGGAGUCAGAUGUGCACUUGUGCGUCUCCGGGCUUUUGGAUGAAUCAUAAUGAUUAAACAGAAAGGUGACAGAACGAACUGCAGUAAAUAUUUCAGAGGGGGAAAUAUGAUCUUCUGUUCAGUUGUCUUUCCUCACUGGAUCAGACCACAGCUCUGAAGCAAACCCGGGCCACGCGCGCUGAGCAGCGUAGCAAACAGAUAAAAGCUCCACCUGUUGGAUGCGGUGUCCGCCACUUUUGGAAGAGCGGGAUGGAGAGUCUAGAUGAACUGGAGCACCCCUUGCUGGGUGGCAGCCCCAAGCACAGUGGAGGACCUGUUGCCAGCGCUGGUGGCAAUGGGCUUUUAAAAGGCAUCUUAGUGCGGUGCGGGGAGGAGAGCACACUGCCCCCAGUGGCUUGGAGGAGUUACUGCACCCCAGCAGAGAUCGCCCAACAGCAGCUCCUGGACCCUUGCUCUCUACCACGCUCCCUGGAAUCCCUUUACCCAACAGCUCCGGCAUGGGGCCAAUCAGAGUCUCUGGGCCUACAGAGGAAGGACUAUCUGGAGACCACAUUUGUGGACAUGGGCCCUGGUUCCCCGCUGGAGAAGAAGCUGCUGGACGAGGAACAGGAUAGUCACAGCAUCUGCUACAGCACAGAUGAGGACGACCUCCUGCCCGAUUAUGAGGACUCUUCGAGCGAAUGCUUCAGCGAAACCGACAGCGAGCGCAACUUCCCGCUGAUGAUCCCGCAGGACUACCUGGGCCUCGCCGUAUUCUCCAUGCUCUGCUGUUUUUGGCCCCUGGGGAUUGCGGCGUUCUACCUUUCCCAGAAGACUAACAAGGCGUCGGCCGAGGGGGACCUCCAGGGGGCGAACUCCGCCUCACGCCAGGCGCUCUGGUUGGCCGUGCUGUCCAUCGUCUUCGGCGUCGUCACGUACAUCUGCGCUGUCGCCGCCCUCAUCUCCUACCUGUCCGGGAAACCCCCCUAAGCCCCCCCCUCCCCCCCCAUUGGGCUCACUGUCCCCUACGGCAACCCCUUACGACACACCCCAGCUCUCAACCCCACCUUUCCCCCGAUCCCCAGUGUACCCCUGAGAGUUCCACAUUUACAGGAACCCUGUGGUUUGGAAUGACCUGCAAAUGAGUGGGAAGGGAGAUGCAUUGGGAUUGGGCUGGACUGAAAUAUGCCACUGUUUAAGUCUAUGGGUGGGCCAUGUAUGUGUUCAGCUUAAUCACAACCGGACCAAAAUGUUUUAAUUUAUGAAAUGAAUUUGAAAAAAAACACGCAACCUGAUCUGAAAUGAGGUCCGAUUAAUGACAAUAGCUUUGUUUUCCCAUGACAAGCAGUUGUGAUGGUGACAUUAUUAAAGUCCAAGUGUCUCAGAAUUUGGCAUUUUUGGCAAGCAUAAUUUUAAUAGCAAUGUCACAUAGAGAAAGCAAACAAAAUGUGAGUAUGUGUGAUGUUAAAAUGUUUUCUGAGAGAAAACUCUGUUGAAACAAAUCCCAGAAUCCUUUGUUCUAUGACAUCAUGAGUGACAAUGAGUCGUGGAAGCACGGUGUGCAAGCUCAUAGGUGACAUCAGUGUAUAGUUAUGACUUGGUUUUUUUAGAUGGUUUCAAACACACAUUUUCAAUUCAUGAUCCUCAGGAAACAUUACGUUUUCCUCAUUUUUUUGUAAAAUGGAACACGUCUACAAUUUUAUCAACAGGAGUAGUUCACCAUGUCUCUGUGAAGAUGUGUUCCAUUGUGUUCCACAUAGUCAAAACUAUGCCUUCUCAUAGUUAGAUGUUGCUUAAAUUGCCCCGUUAAGAAUGUUUUUAUUUCAAGUGAAAUUACUCCUGAACUAUGUGAUUUUAUUUACUUACAAAUCAUUUUCGGAUCGAAUCUUUCUCAAGGCAGUAUUUGCACCUUAACUAUGUAACAUGGAAUCGUUUGGUGAGACUUGCACUAAAACAUUGAUAGUAAAGUCAAUAGUAAUAUAAAUCUAAUACUGUGAACAUGGAUUUUACAGAAAGCAAUCUGGAGAUGCAGUAAAGAUAAGAUGGACACGGAUGCCUUUUCCUCAUUCUCCUGGCUGUGUUGCUCUCCUGUACCUUUGCAAGUCCAGAAUUCACCUAUUUAAAUCCACUGGAGGCUUGCAAAGCCCUUGUCAACAUUUCUUUAAAGAAUUGUGAAGAUUCACAUAAAGCUCUGUGGGCGGUGUUCUCCCACACGCAAAAUAUUCUAGCUGAAUUCCAUUACAUUAUUGUGUAAUGGAAUUAACAAUGGCAAAGGUAACAAUGGAUUCAUCUUCCCUGAAAUCUCCGUGGAGAUGCUGAACAAAAGAUUCUUUUAAGAGAGAAUGGUGAUUCCCAUAGAGUGCUGCAAGAAAUGGAACUGGAACACAGAGGGAACACAGCUAACACAUGUGACUCGGGGGGGGGGGGGGGGGGGGCAGUACAGAAAGUGUUUUUUGUGUCUCAAUUCCCAUUCUGACUAAUACCGUACAUGUUAUUCCCCUGCACACAAGAAAGCAGGGACCCUUGAGGACUCUAAUGCAUUGAGAGAAACCCCCUUGUCAAUGCCAUCCCCUGAGAGGGAUACCUUCACAAUCAGGCAACUAUCUUUGAUAUUGCAGCCAAACAAGUUGAGCUGUGUUAAUAAGCUGUUGUACAGGUUGACCCUUUGAUCAGAAGUACAUCAGAACACAAGAAGGCAAUUACGUUUCCAAGGAGAUGAGAUAAGCCCGCUUCUGAACCGCCGCGCGAGUCGAGGCCUCGGUGGAGUGCGGCAAUCAAGUCACGUGACCGGACAUUCUUGGACUCCCAGAGCAAGGCUUGCAUGUAAUCAAAGAUUACAUAACUCUGCAACACCUUCCAUUUUGAUCACCGCAAAUGAUGUCUGUGCGCUAAGUUGUUAGCACAGAUAAUUUGCAUGGUAUUUUUGCACUUUAUU